GGGGACUGGUCCUCACAAUGCUUUGGCCCUGGCACCCGAAGUGGGAGGAGAAAGCCGAGUGCACGGGUGUGCAGAGCGGGGUUCCCAGUAUAAAACUGUUGGGUGCCUCCUCCCAGCACUAUCUCCUUCGGAGCAGCCUCCCUCCUCACAGAGCCCCGAGGCUUUAUCAGCCAGCGCCUUCUGCCCCGGAGCCGAGCCGGCUGCACUUUAAAGAAAACUGAGCGACUCCCACCACUUCAAACCAAAAAGCACUCAAAAUAAUAGAUUAUUUAUGGAGAGAAAGGAAGGAUGAAUGGACAGUCUUUGGUUGGCAGCACUGGGGACACCCCUCGUGGUCCUCUUUGGAAGGACCCUUUUGGAGAUAAGGCUGGUGAGGCCCUGGCACCUGGGCCCCCGGAACAGGUGUUUGUUGGCUAUGAUAAAUGCAACAAGGAUGAGGCCAAACCUAGCCGUGAGAACCCCUUAUUCACAGCCUGGCCACAGGGAGAAGAUGAGCUGGUUUAUCUGCAUAGAUUUGGGGAGCCAGAGGAAGAGAUAACCAUGGAGGACAGUCCCACUAUGGUUAAAAUGGACCAGGGUGAAAAUCAGAUUUUACCAAGAAGAAGGUACCUCCCCAAGGCACUUGGCUACAUCACCGGUGAUAUGAGAGAAUUUGCCAGCUGGCUCAAAGACAAACCACAGGUGCUCCAGUUCGUUGACUGGGUUCUUCGGGGCAUAUCCCAAGUGGUGUUCGUCAGCAACCCCAUCAGUGGAAUCCUGAUUCUGGUGGGACUGCUGGUCCAGAAUCCCUGGUGGGCUCUUAAUGGCUGUGUGGGAACGGUGGUGUCCACCCUGACGGCGCUGUUGCUUGCCCAGGACAGGUCAGCCAUCGCCGCAGGACUCCACGGCUAUAAUGCCACCCUGCUGGGAAUACUCAUGGCUGUCUUUUCAGACAAGGGCAAUUAUUUCUGGUGGCUGUUAUUACCUGUGUCUGCCAUGUCCAUGACUUGCCCAAUUUUCUCAAGCGCCUUGAACUCCUUGUUCUGCAAAUGGGACCUCCCCGUCUUCACUCUGCCCUUCAACAUGGCAUUGUCAAUGUACCUCUCGGCGACGGGACAUUACAACCUGUUCUUCCCAAGCAAAUUGUUCAAACCCAUGACCGCGGUUCCCAAUGUCACCUGGCCUGACCUCAGUGCCCUGCAGUUACUGAAAUCCCUGCCUGUGGGUGUCGGGCAGAUCUAUGGCUGUGAUAACCCGUGGACAGGGGGCAUUUUCCUGUGCGCCCUCCUGCUCUCCUCCCCACUCAUGUGCCUGCACGCCGCCAUCGGAUCACUGCUGGGGAUAGCAGCAGGACUCAGUCUUUCAGAGCCAUUUGAGAACAUCUACCUUGGGCUCUGGGGUUUCAACAGCUCUCUGGCCUGCAUUGCAAUUGGAGGAAUGUUCGUGGCGCUCACCUGGCAAACUCACAUCCUGGCUCUUGCCUGCGCCCUGUUUACUGCUUACCUCGGAGUCAGCCUGUCACACGUGAUGGCUAUGGCGGGACUGCCAGCCUGCACCUGGCCCUUCUGUUUGGCCACACUACUGUUCCUCUUGCUGACCACGAAAAAUGCCAACAUCUACAGAAUGCCCCUCAGUAAAGUCACUUAUCCUGAAGAAAACCGCAUCUUCUUCCUCCAAGUCAAGAAAAAAAGGAUGGUUGAAAGCCCUUUGUGAGAGCAACCCCCACCCAUGGCCAAGGUCGCAAGGGGUGGCUGACAGCCCCAGGUGACUCCCGGGGUCUUGGCAAACUGCUGUUUUUUCACUAGUGACAAUGUUCAUACUAACCCAUUGGCAAUCUGUUCUUAAGCUCGCUCUGUAGCUCUCUUUUAGACUCCAGGAACAUCCCCAAACAUGUGAGAGACACGUCAGGAUGGUGUGCCCUGGUGGGGCGUUGGUGCUAGACUGUCAUGUCGUUAUAAAGUCAAACAGCUCUCACAGAAAGAAGACACGAGACCAGAGCUAAUUAUUUACCGGUGUUCUUGGUAUUUGGUUGGCUACAUGAUGUUAACAGUAUUAAAAACCAAGCUCAAAAAAGGAAAAAAAAAAUCAAGCUCUACAAACCAACUAAGCCUUAAGUGAAUGGAAUUCAUGACCAUGAAAUUAGUCAACCCAGAAUUCUCAGAUAAGCAGUUUGACUCGUUUAAAAUCCAUACAAGUCACUUGACGGGAAGAGCACUGGGUGUUAUACUAUAUGUUGGCAAAUCGAACUCCAAUAAAAAAAAAUAUAUUAAAAAAAUAAAUAAAAUAAAAACCAUACAAGUCACACUUGGCAGCUGUGGCCACAGCUCAUUCUCCGGCUCCUGGGCAGCAAAGGGGCCUGGAUGCUGCCCUGAGUGUGUUGCACACUCCCCUCCAGGAGAUGGUUGAUUCUUUCCAGGCUGACACAGCUAUAGGAGGAAGAAAGGGAAUUUUAUCAGUCAAAACUAUUCUGUAGUGUCAUUUUCCUUCGACACUGCAAAAGAUGUUUUAGAUAAAUAAAGCUUAUGAUCAUUUUCUUGGGAGAAUGGAUUUGUUUUUUCAAUGAGGUAAAAUAACAAGUUUCUGGCUUAACCAGUUCCUAGAUAUUAAGGAAAAGUUACAUUUUUAUAAAAUAAUCGGCAUAGCUAUUUUUAAUUCCAUCCCCAAGUGGAUUUUAUAAAUGCCUGGAAUGAGUAGAACCGAGUCAUCAACAUCCAAGGCCCUUUGAAACCGCAUUUGCUACUCCUUUGAGGCUAUGUCUUAUAUCAUAAAGCCUGGAAGGGAAGGUCAGAUUGUUUCUGGGCGUUUAGAGCUUGUUGAGUUUCCUACUUAAAAAAAAAAAAAAAAUUCAUUAUUUUCUGCAUGCUCACAAUGUUCUCGCUCAAAAACCCGAAAAGACAUACCGGUAAAAGGGUUCUCCUGUCUUUGUAUUAAUUUUAAGGUUAUUGGUCCCAUAAACAUUCUAUGAGCAAAUGCACAGAGGAUGCCGUGGAAAGCUCUACUCACUACCUUCUACUUCAUUCUGUAUCAAUCUGCUAUUUUGGAGGAUUCAAAAAGAGAAAUAGUGGAAGUCUAAAGUUUUUUUUCUCGCCCUUUGGGUUUGCAGUGCUCAGUGCAAAAUAGACAAGUUUGCUGCCGGGAUAAGCGGAAGAAGGGAAGUAAACCUACAAAUAUUUUGGGGAGAAGUCCACUUCUUCCUUUUCUCAGGAACACAAACAUUGUUCCAAUGUAACAACCCUGUAACCAGAGCCUUUUGAAACUCUGAAUGUGCAACUGUGGUAGAUUCAUGUGUAUUCCUGUUGGAAAACUAAAUGUUCAUUGUUUGCACGGAAAUCUCCCUUGUUAAGGAAUUUGUGAAGCAAGACUGGGGGAGAUGGGUCAGGUUUGGGGUGGGGUGGUGGGGUGGGGGAGGACACAAAAAAGCAAGCAGAACCAAAGAUAACCAGGAGUUAGGAAUCUGAGCCAUGGUGGAGGGAGCCAGAGCCUCUAACACGUAGGCCGCCUUCUCAAGGAGCUCCAGAAUGAUCUCUACCUUCUCCUGGUGUGCUCACACAAUCAUGUAAAUAGGAACAGUCUAAGGCCUUGUACAUUGUCUAAUUUAAAUGGUAUUAAACUUUUCAAGCUUUUUUUUUUUUUUUUUUUUUUUUUACUGAGUAUUAUCCUGAAAUGAAGUGAGUAUUUUGUCAGUUUUCUUAGGAAUCAGCGGUAUUCUUGCCUUUUGUCUGUAAUAACAGUUUUCCAAGUAAGAAUAUGAAUAAAGUUAUACUCACAGCUUA